CAGAUAGCUCCCCGCCAGCCAUCGAUUGCAGUUACAACACAACCUCUUUUCUCCUUUCUUCUCAGAUUUUGCCACGGUUCAGGAGCAAUUAUCUACAGCACAUUGUAUGAUACCAUCGAUUGAACUCAGUCCAACUCUCCAUCAUGGGUACCGCCAAGAAGGAGAAGUCGAGACUUGCUCGCGAGGGCAAGUCUGGCUCUGGCAUGGAUAACCUCAAGGUCAAGGGAGAGAACUUUUACCGGACCGGAAAGAAGGCAAAAACUUUGAAGAUGCGAGAUUCGGCUGGCAACAAAGCACAGCGCAAUGCCGAUGGAAGGAUAACACAAGCAGCCGCAUACCAAUCAAGGGAUGCUCCUGUCGCACGUGUUGAACCAAACAGAAAGUGGUUCACAAAUACGCGAGUAAUAUCCCAGGACUCGUUGACUGCCUUCCGAGAUGCCAUGGCCGAGAAGGCGAAGGACCCAUACCAAGUCCUGCUCAAGCAAAACAAGCUCCCCAUGACUUUGAUCCGAGAUGGCUCAGAUACCAACGGUCUUAAGCAACAUAAGGCAAAGAUGACUGUGGAAAGCACACCCUUCGAUACAGUCUUUGGGCCCAGGAGUCAACGCAAACGAGUGAAGCUCGAUGUGAGCAGCUUCGCCGACUUGGCCGAGGACACCGAAAAGAGCAUGGAUACCUACAAGGAUCGCCUUGAGCAAGCCCACCUGCUGAGUGGCAACUCUGGUGCUGGUGCUGAAGCACCUGGAGAUAUGGAGGGACAGAAAGAGGAUGCGCUUUCAAUUGCCAUAGAGCCCAUUUUCAACAAGGGCCAGAGCAAACGGAUAUGGAACGAGCUUUACAAAGUCUUGGACUCAAGCGAUGUCGUAAUACACGUCUUGGACGCUAGAGAUCCCCUUGGGACAAGGUGUCGUAGUGUCGAGAAAUAUUUGAAGGAAGAGGCGCCACAUAAACAUUUGAUCUUCGUGCUGAACAAGUGUGACUUAGUCCCGACCAGCGUCGCAGCUGCAUGGGUACGCCAUCUUUCCAAAGAGGUCCCAACGCUGGCCAUGCAUGCGUCCAUCACGAACUCCUUUGGAAAGGGGUCAUUGAUUCAACUUCUCCGCCAAUUCUCUAGCCUACACAGUGACAGGAAGCAGAUUUCUGUCGGCUUUAUCGGUUACCCAAAUACCGGAAAAUCGAGCAUAAUCAACUGCCUAAAAGCCAAGAAAGUGUGCACAAUAGCUCCCAUUCCUGGGGAGACCAAAGUGUGGCAAUAUAUCACGCUCAUGAAGCGCAUUUACCUGAUCGAUUGCCCUGGAGUGGUUCCGCCAAAUGCGAAUGACUCGCCUACUGAUAUUUUGCUGAGAGGUGUCUGUCGCGUCGAAAUGGUCGAUAACCCUGAGCAAUAUAUGCCGGCUGUGCUUGCCAAGGUCAAAACACACCACAUGGAGCGGACCUACCAGCUCAAGGGGUGGAAUGGUGAUCACAUGAUUUUCUUGGAGAUGCUUGCGCGCAAAGGUGGCCGCUUGUUGAAGGGAGGCGAGCCUGAUGUUGAUGGUGUUGCAAAGAUGGUUCUGACGGACUUUAUGCGAGGCAAGAUUCCAUGGUUUACUCCCGCUCCUACUGUUGAGGGUGAGGAAAGCACAGCUAUCGAAGGCCGCGAGGGUAGGCUUGGCGAGAUGCCCAUGAAGCGAAAGCGAGACGAUGCGGAGAGUGUUCCCGAUACAUCCAUGGUAGCUUCUACGGCCGGAGAUGCAUGCGGUGACGAGGAGUUCGAUGGCUUCGACAGCGACAGUGAUAGCGAUGAUGAAGCUAUUGAGAAGGCUAAGAAGGCAGUAAUGAAGGCUGAUGCAGGUGGCGAGGAAGAUAUGAUACCCCUGGAUGUGUCGAGCGAUGAGGAAGAUGAGUCGGAUGAUGGAGACGAUGACUGAAUGGACGUUGGGUGUGGGAUAAACCCAUCGUAGAUCAGUCUAUGCCUGCACUCACCCAAUCCCAGGGCAGCCUACGAACAUGGCAUGCGACCUCCCAGCGUCGAGUCGAGGGAAUACCCUCGUUUGAUGUCGCGCCGCCUGUGGUUUGGGG